AUGACUCUACUGUCAGAGGAGAAGCCCUACAAGGAGUUGGGAACCUACACCACCACUGUGAAGCACCAUCUAGACUGUAGUCCUAACAGGGACUAUGUGGAUGCCAUGGAGGGGGCCGUGUUUAGGGCUGUAGAGCCUCCGAGGAGGUCGCGUGGAUGCCUCAUCAUGCAUGCCAUGGUGAUGUUUGGGAGGGAAUUCUGCUAUGCUGUGGAGGCUGCAUUUGUCACACCUGUCUUGCUAAGUGUGGGAUUACCACGAAGCCUGUACAGCCUGGUGUGGCUCAUCAGCCCUGUUUUGGGCUUUAUCCUCCAGCCAGUGAUUGGCUCAACCAGUGACUACUGCCACUCACCGUGGGGACGCAGAAGACCCUACAUACUUACACUUGGGGUUAUGAUGCUCAUUGGCAUCACCCUGUUUCUCAAUGGAGAUGCCCUGGUAUCAGUGCUGGUGAAGCACAUGGGUUGGAAGAGAACCUGGUCCAUCGUGGUGGUCAUGUUUGGAGUGGUUAUGUUUGACUUUGCAGCAGAUUUCAUAGAUGGGCCAGUGAAGGCCUACCUGUUUGAUGUGUGCUCCUACCAGGACAAGGAAAGAGGCCUGCACUACCACGCCCUGCUUACUGGUCUGGGUGGAGCAUGUGGGUACCUGACUGGUGCGAUGGACUGGGGUCAUUCUACAAUGGGAGCCCUGCUGGGCUCAGAGUACCAGGUCAUUUAUUUCUUCUCAGCGCUCACCUGGGGCUUCUUCCUCACUAUGCACCUCUUCAGCAUUCCCGAGAACCCUCUGGGGAAGCACCAUCUCACUGAGUCCUUGGACCCCGGUGCCUCCUUGCUACAGCCAUCAGUAAUGAAUGGAUCCACAUAUGGCUUGGUGUCUAAACAGUCUGAGCUGCGACCUCGCUCAUUCUCUGCUUUAAGCGAGGCCAACUCCGUCACAUCCAGCUCCAAGCAGCUGAACAGUGAGGUACAGAAGAGAAUGACUCUGAAAUCAUUACUGUCUGCUAUGAUUAACAUGCCCAAUCACUACCGCUGCCUGUGUGUCAGCCACCUGCUGGGCUGGACUGCUUUCCUCUGCAACAUGCUCUUCUUCACUGACUUUAUGGGGCAGAUUGUGUAUAAGGGCAACCCGUAUGCGCCACAUAACUCCACUGCUUAUGCCACCUAUGAGAGAGGGGUGGAGGUCGGCUGCUGGGGGCUGUGCAUCAAUGCUGUGUCCUCAGCUCUCUAUUCCUAUGUACAGAGGCUGCUACUGCCCUAUAUUGGCUUGAAGGGUCUCUACUUCAUGGGCUACUUUGUGUUCGGACUGGGCACAAGUCUGAUUAGUCUGUUUCCCAAUAUCAUCUCGACACUGACACUGUGCUGUGUUUUUGGUGUGAUGUCCAGCACACUUUACACCAUCCCAUUCAACCUGAUAUCAGAAUACCACAAGGAGGAGGAGGAGAAGAGCAAGCAGAGUGGGAAGGACACAUUUCUGCAGAGCAGAGGGACAGGAAUGGAUUGUGCAGCUCUCACCUGUAUGGUGCAGUUAGCACAGAUCAUAGUGGGAGCUGGACUCGGAGCUCUAGUCAAUAUGGCCGGUAGCGUGAUUGUGGUGGUUUUGUCAGCUUCAACCAUGUCCCUCAUUGGCUGCCUGUUUAUUAUUGUCUUUAUUAAAUAUGUACACUGA